AUGCCGCUGCCAUCUCCAGGCAAGCUCGGAGGUAUCGACGAUCCGCUGAAGCAAGAAGGAAAGCCGUCGAGAGGAAGAAACCCCAGGAGCUGCCACCUCAAACCUCAACAAACGGAGAAGAGGGAGCCUGAAACACUAACGCCCCCUCAACGUCCGAAUGCUAAGAGGAGGAAAACUGAAGCAGGAAGUAGCACCGCCACUGCUAAGCAAACUGGGGAAGCCACUAGCUAUGAUGAGGUUGUCAGCUCAAUAAAAAUAGCAGUCCUCCCAAAAAACUACCUGGAGGAGACGCUGAUUGCUGAGCAGCUCACAGCACUAGAGGACGCAAUCGUACAGGAAAUGAUACUGGGCGCGGAAUGCAAACUUCAAGUCGGGGGAAUUCACUUCCGCUCCAGUAUGCUCUUGGUAGACUGCGUCAACCAAGUAACGGCGGUCUGGCUGAGGGCAAAGGCCUUCAGUCUGAGCACCUGGGAGACGACAUCCCAAGGGCGCACACCAUCACAGUGUUUUUUCCCAGGAGUACGCACUCCGAACCAGAGGAGUUGCUCACCCUAG